AUGCAGACCUUGACGGACCUCGUCGACUGCAUCGGAAUCGAGAGCUGUGUCGACAUGAAGCCCGACUUUUCCGACGUUCUCCAGCGCUCCGGGCCCACACCGGCCCGUUUCCGAAUCCGGGAUUUUGCCCGGCCGGAAAAGGAGUACCCGCCGCCAAUGCAGCCACCGGCCACCGUGCUGAGGAGGUGUCAAGCGGAUGACGGAAGGCUCGUCAUCGUGGAGGAGAGGCUCGAGCGGCUCGGCCAGUUCCGGGCCCACAGGUCCGGCGGCCGCCUCGUGCUGAACCUGCUUUCUCCGAUGAUCGUCGGUAAAUCCGAGGAUAUUGGCGGUGAUGGGGUCGUCGGCGGUGAUACGACGGCGGAUAAUGCGCUGGCUAGCCGUGAGUGCGGUGGACUUGCAGCGGUGGCUGGGCUCGGGCUCGGGCAGCCGGUUCUGACAUAG